AUGUCGUCGUACGACAAGCUGCUGCGCGCGGCGACGAAGCCCAAGGCCGGCGCGCCAAAGGCCAAGCACAUCGACCCGCUCAUUGCCGCCAGCUUUGCGCGCGACGGCAGCCUGGCCGAUGUGCUGCGCGCGCUUGCGGGCCGCCUGCGCGAGGGCAGCACGGUCGUCUUCAAGUCGCUCAUCGUCCUCCACACGCUGAUCCGCAACGGCGGCGUCGACAAUGUCCUCUCGCACCUGGCGAGCGAGCAGGGCAAGAUCAACCUGCGUGCCGUGGCGCAGGGCGGCAACUGGCAGGGCGCAGAUGCUCCGCGCUCGCUGGCGGCGUACGCGGCGUACCUCGACUCGCGCGUGGGCUACUACAGGGAGAUGAAGCACGACGCCAUCCGCGCGGCCGACGUGAGCCGCACAGGCGGCGGCAGCGACUCGGCGCACCGGCUGCGCACACUGAGCGUGGAGAAGGGCCUGCUGCGCGCCGUGGGCAAUGCGCAAAAGGUGUGCGGGCGGGUGCUGGAGUGCAGCUUCUUCUUCGACGACCUCAACGACGAAAUGACCAUCACGGCCUUCCGCAUGACGCUCAAGGAUCUGCUGGCGCUCUACACGGCCAUCAACGAGGGCAUGAUCAACAUCCUCGAGCACUACUUUGAGAUGUCCAAGCCCGACGCGACAAAGGCGCUCGACAUCUACAAGCGCUUCACGCGCCACACGGAAAAGGUGGUCGCCUAUCUCUCGGCCGCGCGCAAGGCCAGCCACUCGCUCAACGUGCCCAUCCCGAAUCUCAAGCACGCGCCGAUCAGCCUCGCCGGCGCGCUGGGCGAGUACCUCGACGACGCCAACUUUGAGGAGAAUCGGCGAGAGUACCGGAGGAACAGGCGCGCGGCGGAGGGCCUGGAGCCAGACGAGCAGGACAAGAAGGCGGCCGAGGACGCGGCCAAGAAGAAGAAGAUCACGAUCAAGGAGCCGACGGCGGAGGAGAAGGUCAAGCCGUCGGCCAGUGUCGCGCGGCCGGCGUCGAACAACCAGGCGCUGCAGGACUUCUUCGACUCCAUCGAGACGGAGCAGCAGUCGAUGUUUGGGCCGUCGCCCUCGAGCAGCGCGCAGUUUGGCGCGGGCGCCUUCCAGCCGGCGCCGGCGCAGAUGAGCUUCCUGGGCACGCAGCCGACGGGCCAGGCCUUUGGCAUGAUGCCGCAGCAGCAGAUGAUGACCGGCAUGCCUGCGUUUGGCGCGCAGCAACUGCAGCCGCAAGCCACCGGCUUCAAUCCGUUUCUCACGCAGCAGCAGCAGCCGCAGCAGCAGCAGAUGAUGCAGCCGCAGAUCACGGGCUUUGCGCAGGGCGGCUACCUGCAGCCGCAAAUGACGGGCUUCAACCCGUUCCGCGCCAGCAUGAGCCUCUCGCCGCAG